CCUGUCACUGCUGUGUCAUCUCCACCCACCCUCUCAAUCUCAUAUUCGCUUUCUUUCUUUCUGGCUGCUUCACUCUCUUGCUUCCACUCACACAUACAUAUUGACUCUGUACUAUUUACCUUUUCUUCAUCUGGAGAUGGUGCACCCACUCAGGACAAGAUGACCAAUAUCACUUCUGGCCACUGCGAGAGUCACGUGGGUACAAAGGUGCUGGUGGCCACUGUCUAUUCCUUGCUUUCUGUGUCUGGCACUUUGGCCAAUGUCCUGGUGAUUUAUCUGGUCUGCUCUUUCAAGAAACUUAAAACCACUAGCAAUGCCUUCAUUGUCAAUGGUUGUGUGUCUGAUCUUCUAGUGUGCGCUUUCUGGAUGCCACAAGAAGUCAUCUUGCUUUCAACAGGUCGGGUUGAGAAUCACACAUACAGAGUCUUCAUGGAGGGUGUAUUUUUCCUUUGGAUGACGGUGUCUCUGCUCUCCCAUGCUCUCAUUGCCCUGAAUCGUUUUGUCAUGAUCACCAAACUGCCUACUGUUUACCACACAGUCUAUCAGAAGCGCAAUACAGAAUGGAUGAUCGCUAUGGCAUGGGUGCUGCCACUGGCUUUUCUUCUGCCUUGGUUAUUUGGUCAGAGGCCACAUGAGAUUUCUCUCUCAUGUCCACAGCUACGACUUUAUGUGUUUUUGGAGCAAGAGGUUCCCAUUUCCAGUACCUACACAGCUAUUCUUUCUGCUGUCACUGUGUUGAGCCAGACUGCCAUUGUCCUCCACUGUUAUUUUCGUAUCUUUAGAAAAGUUCAAAUCAGUUUGAAGAGGGUAAGUGUCCUUAAUUUCCAAGUGGUGCACAACCUACCCUGCUCCUGCCCUCGUAAGGACAAACGCUUGGGGCUCUAUGUACUGAUUGUAUGUUGCGUGUUUGCACUGACCACGGAGCCUUUUGCUUGGUCAGUCCUGUAUGGCCUGUUCCAGCCUCUGCCAAGAACUUUGAUAACUGGAAGCUGGCUUCUGUUCUGCCUCCUUUUUGUGCUCAAUCCUUUCAUUUACACCUGGAAGAACGAAGAGUUCAGAAGAUCCUUCAGAGCUAUUGUAGGGGUUGAAUUAUGGAAAAACACAGCCAUUGCUGCUGAUCCAGCUGUUCAGACCAUUUCCCAAAACGAACCAUAAGGGAAAUAUAUGCAACAGUUAGUUAUCUUUUCCUCUGCAUCUCAAAGCCACUAGACAGUAUCUCGAGAAAGAGAGCCUUUUACUCGGAAAUCGAAGUGGAUUCUUGAUUCUGUGUUCAGACUCCUCACGUUUGUAUUGAUGGUUUCCAUGGAAACCUUCUACAUUCAGCAUCCUCGCCUCCACGGGCUAGAAAAACGAGACCAUUGCUGUGAUCUGUAAAUGAUGCGACAAAGGUGUGUGUACACGCACACAGAAACGUACCUUUAAUUCAUUGUUAUCAGAACACAAUUUAUGCAGAAGUGACUGGAAUCAUGAUAUUUCAAUCAAUUUUUUUAGAAUAAAUAUACAGGUCUCCUGAAUGGUGAGUGCUUUUAUUUUAUCUAAACCAGCAACAGUUCCUUAGAAUAAAAACUCUAGUUAUUUCCUGAUUGCUUUUCACAUUUCUAGAAUGAGAACUAAAUAAUGAAGUCUCUUUGGAGUAUUGCAGCCUAAUAACUAAAGGUAACAGAUGGUGCUACACCAAAAGUAACGACUCCAAGCAGAAAGCAUGUCCUCCUUUAACUCUGAAAUCAUUCAAAGUAAUUAUUAGAAGUCACGACAGAAGAAAAGAAAAUAUUAACAAUAUGCAACACUAACUUAAUCUUUUUCUCCACAAAUAAAUCUAAAAAGUUAUUAUUUCUACAUUUAUAGAAUAAUAAUAUAGAUUCUCCCUCAUUUUUCGAUAAUCCCUGAGGUUGUCUUUGUGUGACUUUGCCCCUUGAAAUUACCAUGGUUUUUAAAACGGAUCAUUUGCAUAGAAGCAUUUAAAGGAGAAAGAAAGGCUUCGCACACUUGGGGGUGCCAAGUGAUUGUA